ACACCCACUAAUUCAUACAUCUAACCAUAAUUAACUCUCUCUCACUCCUCGUGAUUUGUACCCAUCCAUGGACCACCUUCUAUUCUAUAAACCCCUUACCCUUCUUUUAGUUCUAUAUACUUCAAAAAAACGAACACUCAAUUUGUGUUUCUCACUUUCCCUUUCACAUUCUCUUAAAAAACAUGUCGUCACACUCUCCGUGCCUAAUGUUCUUCUUCGUGUUUGUGUUGGUAUUUUCGUUCGGUUAUUGUUUGAACGAAGAAGGUCACUAUCUGCAACAAGUGAAGCUCGGAUUCGACGACCCAGAUGGUUUUUUCUCAGAUUGGGAUGACACCGUUGCUGAUUAUACCCCCUGUCACUGGACCGGAGUUACAUGUUCUGAACCGGGAAGCGGUUUUGUUGUAGCGGUCGAUUUAUCAAACGCCAAUGUCGCCGGUCCCUUUCCCACGGUUCUCUGCCGGCUCACCGGACUCAAGUUUAUCUCUAUGUAUAACAACUCCAUCAACGGCACACUUCCCGAUGAAUUGUCCACGUGUCAGAGCCUUGUUCAUUUAGAUUUAGCUCAAAAUUAUCUCACUGGUAAACUCCCGGAGAGUUUGUGUAACUUACCUGAGUUAAGGUAUCUUGAUUUCGCCGGAAACAACUUUUCCGGCGACAUUCCGGCGAGUUUUGGUAAAUUUCAGAAACUUGAAGUUAUUUCGUUGGUUGAUAAUCUCAUCGGAGGGAAUAUUCCGGCGGAACUCGGAAACAUUUCGACGUUAAAGCAGCUUAAUUUAUCAUACAACCCUUUUUCCGCCGGUAACAUCCCGCCGGAGAUCGGAAAUUUAACCAAUCUUGAAGUGUUAUGGCUCACCGACUGUAAUUUAAUCGGACCGAUUCCCAACUCACUGGGUCGACUCAGUAAACUCAUGGAUCUAGAUCUGGCAAUUAACAAACUCACCGGGUCGGUACCGAGUUCUGUCACCGAGUUAACAAAUGUUGUUCAGAUUGAGCUUUAUAACAACUCGUUGACCGGUGAGUUGCCGGCGGUGGGUUGGUCAAAGAUGACGGCAUUGCGGUUGAUUGAUAUUUCGAUGAAUAGAUUCACCGGCACAGUUCCCGAGGAGUUGUGUUCUUUGCAACUUGAAUCACUUCAUCUUUAUGAAAAUGAGUUUGAAGGUAAGUUACCUGAGAUUCUUUCAAAUUCUAGUAACCUUUAUGAGUUGAGAUUGUUUGGAAAUAGGUUUUCUGGUAGCCUGCCGAAAGAUUUAGGAAAAAAUUCGGCUUUAGUGUGGUUAGAUGUGUCUAACAAUCUUUUUUCCGGUAACUUACCGGAGAAUUUAUGUAAAAAUGGUGCUUUAGAAGAGCUUUUAAUGAUACACAACUCGUUUUCGGGUCACAUUCCGGUGAGUUUUAGUAAAUGUUGGAGCUUGAAACGAGUCCGGUUAGGGUACAACAAGCUUUCCGGCGAAGUUCCGGUAGGGUUCUGGGGUCUUCCCCAGGUGUCAUUACUCGAGCUCGUUGAGAAUUCGUUCACCGGGGUGAUCGGAAACACCAUCGCUGGAGCGGGGAACUUGUCGACUUUGAAUAUAGCGAAUAACAAGUUUUCCGGUGAGCUGCUGAAUGAGAUUGGGCUUCUUGAUGGGUUGAUUGAGUUUUCUGGUGGUAAUAAUCUGUUUUCGGGUUCUUUGCCGGAUAGCAUUUUGAAACUUGAGCAAUUGACUAAGCUUGAUCUUCAUAACAAUGGAUUCUCCGGUGGAAUUCCGAGUGGGAUCGAUUCUUUAACGAAGCUAAACGAGCUUAAUUUAGCUAACAACAAGUUUUCAGGCAACAUUCCGGAUAAGAUUGGGGAGUUAUCGGUUUUAAACUAUCUUGAUCUUUCCGGGAAUCAGCUUUCGGGUAAAAUUCCAGUCGGGUUACAGAAUUUGAGGCUUAAUCAGCUCAAUUUAUCGAGCAAUUUGCUCACCGGAGAUAUCCCGCCUGUUUAUGCUAAGAAAAUUUACAUCAACAGUUUUUUGGGUAAUCCGGGUCUUUGCGGUGACAUCGAAGGGUUAUGUGAUGGCAAAAAUGUGACUAAAACCGUGGGUUACGUUUGGUUACUUCGAGCGAUCUUUGUAUUAGCUGGUUCGAUCUUCAUUGUUGGUUUUGGAUGGUUUUACUUCCAGUACAGGAAAUUCAAGAAUUCAAAACAAAUCGACAAAUCGAAAUGGACGUUAAUGUCGUUUCACAAGUUAAGUUUUAGUGAAUACGAGAUCUUAGGUGCUCUCGAUGAGGAUAAUGUGAUCGGGCGUGGUGCGUCGGGAAAGGUUUACAAAGUUGUUUUGAGCAAUGGUGAGGCCGUGGCUGUUAAGAAGCUCUGGGGCGGUUCCAAAAAGGGUGAAGAUGAGGAUCUUGAGAACGGGUUGGGCUCAGGCGCGGUUGUUGAUAACGGAUUUGAGGCUGAAGUGGAGACAUUAGGGCGGAUCCGUCACAAGAACAUUGUUCGACUUUGGUGUUGUUGUUCUACAAAAACGUGUAAACUUCUUGUGUAUGAGUACAUGCCGAAUGGUAGUUUGGGGGAUUUACUUCAUAGUACUAAAAGCGGGUUACUCGAUUGGCCCAUACGGUACAAGAUUGCGGUGGAUGCCGCUGAGGGUUUGGCCUAUUUGCACCAUGAUUGUGUUCCCGCCAUUGUUCAUAGAGAUGUUAAAUCCAAUAACAUUUUAUUGGAUGGUGAUUUUGGUGCUCGAGUGGCGGAUUUCGGUGUUGCUAAGGUGGUCAAUGGUGACGAGAAAGGUGGUAAUUCAGUGUCUGUCAUUGCCGGUUCGUGUGGAUACAUCGCUCCAGAAUAUGCAUAUACACUAAGGGUAAAUGAGAAGUGUGAUAUCUACAGCUUCGGUGUUGUAAUUCUCGAACUUGUGACCGGAAAGCGCCCUGUCGACCCUGAGUACGGAGAAAAGGAUUUGGUCAAGUGGGUGUGCACUACAUUGGAUCAAAAAGGUCUAGAUGCCGUGUUCGACCCAAAACUAGAUUCAUGUUUCAAGGAAGAAAUAUGCAAAGUCCUCAAUGUCGGGCUCUUGUGCACGAGCCCCCUUCCUAUUAACCGACCAUCGAUGAGAAGAGUCGUGAAGAUGUUGCAAGAGAUUGGGUCCGUAAAUCCCACUAAGUUUGCAUCAAAAGAUGGGAAGUUAACGCCUUACUACUACGAUGAUGCAUCGGAUCAUGGCAAUGUUGCUUGAUUUCUUGUGGUUUUGAUCGUCGGUUUAUUAAUCCAUUGAUGAAUUGUGUGGUACAACUCAUCUCACGAUUGACUUAGUUAGUUGGGAUGUUUUUGUUUAAAUCAUCGGUUUUUGUAUGCAUUGUUGGGUUGUAUGACCCAGUCGAUGAAAGCGAACAAGAGGGAAGAAAAUUUUUAGUUAUUGGUUUGGGGUGUGAGAGGAAGGAGAUGAGUUUUGGUUUGUAAAAGAAGGCAAAUUAUGUAAUGAUAUUUAAAAGUUAGGAAAUAUACACUACUUAAAAUCGCAAAAGAAA